AUGGCGUCGAAACGGAUCUUGAAGGAGCUCAAGGAUCUCCAGAAAGACCCUCCUACCUCUUGCAGCGCCGGCCCUGUGGCUGAAGAUAUGUUUCACUGGCAAGCUACAAUAAUGGGUCCACCAGAAAGUCCUUAUACCGGGGGAGUAUUUUUAGUGACUAUCCAUUUUCCCCCUGAUUAUCCUUUUAAACCUCCAAAGGUAUGGCAAGUUCAAAUAAUUUUGUUGCAAUUGUUGGUUUGGCCUCACGAUAUUAUGAUCUCUGUCGAUAUGAAGUUUCUUGGAUCACCAUUUUUGUUUUGGGUUAAAUUUCUGUUGCUGCACAUAAUUUGAUUAAGAGCUCUAGGCAGAUAUUUGAUGUACUUUAUUCUUACAAACAUUGAGAAAGGAAUUCUUUCAUUGCACUGGUGGGGCAUGUCCAAUAUUCAGAUCUCCCUGAUAGCUUGCGAUGUCUUAAUUUUAGAGUUGUCUAGGAGGCGUAAAACUGCUGUCAAUGGCACUAUCCCCAUUUGUCUGUUUAGUUCGAUGAAAUACACGUGAAAGAUUUUAAAGUUAUUCAUAUGUUCUUUCAUUUAUUAUUAAAUUUUUUGAAUAUAAUGUUAGACGAGGGGAGAAAUACUGUUAUGUUGAUGGGUAAUAGGUCGAAGGGAUAACUCAAGAACCUUUAUUUUUUGCAGUGCAAAAAAUGGUAGACUAGAUGUGGAUGACCCUACGCAGGCAAGUACCUCCUGUUUGGUGAGAAUCAACAAUAAGAUGGGCUUAGAUGGGUAACCACAGGCUCUUCCUCUAGCCUUGAGUCAUAGCUUGACCUUAGCCCUACCUAAGGCGAGUAGCACCGGUGACCCUUGUAGGAUUAGGGCCAUCAUGGGGCUAUAAUCUUUACACAAUUGAACCAGAAAAAAAAUAUACUCUUUACAUGAUUGUCCCCGAGACUCAAAACCGUGGCUACCUUAUCUCCUUGGAACUUUUACCCGUGAUGCUUUUUCCAUGAAAACCACAAUCCCUGGACCCUAAUGGUGGCUAAAGAACCUUCAAACUCCACAUAUAGAAGAACCUUUGAACUCUGAAGAAUUAGAAUCAAAAUUUAACAGUCAGUACAGUGAAAAGAAUUCGGAACUUUAAAGGCUUGGUGGGCCUCAAGAUAGAAUACCCUAUUCCUUGAGAACCAUGUUUUGUGGUAAAAUAUACUUCUCAGUUGCAUUAAAUGGGAACUUUAAAUGAUUUUAUUUUUUCUACUCAGAAGAGGGACCAAUGAAAUAAGUCUUUGCUCACUGUUUUUGCGGGCAUGAAAACAUGCAUACCUGCAUCUUAAAUCAAAGAAGUUGUGAAAAAGCUUAUAAGCAUUGUGAUGUGAUUAUCGGUUUAAUAGAACAUUGUACUCAAUAAACUACAUUUAAUGGCUUGGGUAGGUCUUUUCAGUUUGGGUAUAUAUUAAAAAAAAAAUUGAUAGUGCAGAUAUCUGUAUUUCGUGUACUGAAUAUUUGUUAUGGCUUAACGAUUUAGAACUGCACGAGUCUUCAAUUUGUUUGUGAUUGUAUCUUACAGGUUGCAUUCAGAACAAAGGUUUUUCAUCCAAACAUAAAUAGCAAUGGUAGUAUUUGCCUCGAUAUCUUGAAGGAGCAGUGGAGCCCUGCCCUAACUAUUUCCAAGGUUCUAUUUUUUCUUAGCUGCACAGCUUGUUUAUCACAUAAUGGCUGAUUAGAUUCUCUAUUUGUGAAGAAUGGAAAUAAGCCAUGCCCAAGUGAAUUAUAGGAUUGUUCAUCUGGAGUUUCAUUUGCCCAUAGCCCACAGGAAAGUUUUCUGAUGGCUGCCAUUCACAUGCCUAAUAUUGUCAUUUACAUGAUGAAUGAACCAGUUCAUAGCAAUUUUUUAGAUCAUAGAGGGCAUAACUUGAUAUUAACUUUUUACAUUUAUCAGAUUGGCUAAAAUCUAGUGGGUUUCCUGGCAUAGGCACAUUGCAUUAUGGUCCACAUCUCCUCCCCUCCCCUCCCUUUCUCGAUGUUGCAUUAUUUGAAAUGUACAUUUGGCUUAUAUUUCAAACAUUUUUUCAAGUGUCGUUGCAUGCCUGAUCACGAGAAAAGUGUUGGUAUAUCGCUGCACCAGUGUGGUGCCCAUGCCCAAAAUCUGGGUGACUAGAUUUUAGGCAGCUAGUUUGAAGGUUUUCUAUUAAAGAUCAUUCACUUUAUAUCUCAGUCAGGUGCCUUUAACAGGCCCUGAUUAGAUCUGAAUCCUCAAAGUGUAGGUCCACCGGACAGCCUAUGCCUAUCCAAUGGGAAAAAGGACCAUGGUCUGCAUCGCGAUCAUCUUAAUUUUUGGUAGCUUGCCUUAAUAAAAUGGCCAAAUUUUUUCAUAGUGCAGCUUUUGAAGUUGUGAAUGGUUCUUACCUCUAUUUUCAGGUGUUGCUUUCAAUCUGUUCUAUGCUAACGGAUCCAAACCCUGAUGACCCCCUGGUGCC